UUUCGCUUUGUGCCUAUUCCUUUCUGGAGAAUUAAGAUUAUAGAUUGGAGCAUAGAGCAAAGUAAUAAAUAUACUUAAUUUAAAUGAAGAACGAGUUGAACGCUCGAUAAGCGGUACGAGAAGUGAACAUUAGAAUAUUGUGCGCAGCGGGUUAACUCAUUAAUAUUCUAAAUUGUGAUGAAAGCGGAGUGCAGCGAGAGCAGAGCAAAUCUAACUGAAAUGCCUCCAGUAGAUAGGACCUCGGAAUCUUCUCACCUGGUUCCACCGAGUAAUACCCCGAGGCCAAGUUAUUUAAACCUUGUCAGUAACAUAUGUGCAUUAAUUUUUAUUGGAAUAAUACUUUACUGUUGCUUCAAGGAUGGCGCAACCCUUUUCUCAUUCCAUCCCACGUUAAUGGCUCUAGGGUGGUUAAUUCUGAUGACUUCCGCAAUAAACGCUGUCACUCCAGGAGAUUUAGCUACAGAGUGGAUGCCAAUCAGGCUACGAAGUGCUCGCCACUGGGUUCUUCAAUUACUAGCAGGUUUCAUCAUUUUAGUUGGAUUUCUAGUCAUACUUACAAAUAAAAUUAUUAAUGACAAAUAUCAUUUUCAAAGCCUACAUGCUAAAUUUGGUUUGGCUGCUUUAGUAUUUGUUUGUUUCACUAGUUUUGGUGGCCUAGGUGCACUUUACAGUCUUAAAAUAAAAGACUAUAUAGCUCCUAUCUAUAUGAAAUUACUCCAUGCAUCUGUCGGUCUGGUUACAUUUUGUUUGGGUACUAUAACAAUCAUACUUGGAAAUUUCUCUAAAUGGUGGUCUUUUGGUGAAGUUUUGAAAUACACAUGUCUUAUGCUAGUUCUCAUCAUAAUGACCUUGACUGUAUUACGUCCAUGCCUUAAGGUUUAUUUUCGCUUGAAGGAGAGACUUGGCUACUCAAAUAACUAACUUCAUAUUAUAAAACGAGGCAAAUAUUACAAAAACCCUAGCUUUUUGCAAAACCUUCCAUGUGCUAUUUUUGCAAUAUCUGUUUUUAUUGAAAUUUUAAAAAGAUGCUAAGAAUAAAUAUUCUCAAGGUAUUUUAUAUGUGUACAAAUACAACAUUGUGUAACAAGAAAUAAAUAUUUUAUUGAUUGUUUUCCAAUAAAGGCACAGAA